AUGACAAUAUCUACUUUCGAUCACGUGUCUGCGGGGCGACUUAGACGGAUUGCGCGUCAUCUCGCCUUCCCAAAUUUUUCCCUUCUGCUGCAGCUCCUAUCCAAAACAUCUAUCUAUAGUACGGAGCACGAGAGAGAGAGAAAGAUGUUUAACUCGGUGAAUCUGGGCAACUUCUGCUCCCAGACGCGCAAAGACCGGACAUCCGAGUUUGGGGACAGGACGGGCUGUGCGUCCAAUAUCUACCUCCCCAGCUGCACCUACUACGUCCCCGAGUUUUCUGCCGUCUCCUCGUUUCUUCCACAGGCCCCUUCCAGACAAAUCAGCUACCCCUAUUCCACAAAUCUGUCUCAAGUGCAGCCGGUACGGGAAGUUUCAUACGGCUUGGACCCUGCUAGUAAAUGGCACCACAGAAGCAACUAUGCGUCGUGCUACUCGGGAGAGGAUCUGGUGCAUAGAGACUGUCUUCCACCAUCCACCAUGACAGAAAUGCUUAUGAAGAACGAGAGUGUGUACAGCCACCACCAUCACCAUCACACCCAUCCGGGCUCCAAUCACCCUUCCACAGGUUUUUAUUCCGGCGUGGGGAAAAACAAUGUCCUCCCGCAAGGUUUCGAUCGCUUUUUUGAGACGGCGUACUGCAGCAGCACGGACAAUCAGUCAGACAGUUGUUUACAAAAGGGCGAAGGGGGGAAGCUGGAAAGCGACUCCCAACAGCAGCAGCAACAGCAACAGCAGCCCACAGCGUCUGUACCCGGAGCCGCGGAGCAGGAAAAAGACCCAGAAGAUGAGGAGGAACAUACAAAUUCAGGCUCAUGUACGUCUUCCUCUGCAACAACCAAGGACGGCAACGCCAGCAAGAGCAGCCACUCGAGCGCUCCUCGAACAAGGAAGAAGCGGUGUCCAUAUUCCAAGUUUCAGAUUCGAGAGCUGGAGCGGGAAUUCUUCUUUAACGUUUACAUCAACAAAGAGAAAAGGCUUCAACUUUCCCGAAUGUUAAACCUCACCGACCGCCAGGUUAAAAUUUGGUUUCAGAAUAGAAGAAUGAAAGAGAAGAAGCUGAGCAGAGAUCGCCUCCAGUACUUCUCUGGAAAUCCCCUAUUGUGA